AUGUUGGGCCAGUGCGCUGACCUAGCCAACGAAGACUACCUUGGGCCUAACCACAACUUUGGUUCCCCGCCGUCCACCCAUGUUCGUGAUACCCGGUUGGCCUUGAUCGACAGCUUAGGCCUAUCCUUCGAGGGAAAGCGCUGUUUGGACCUUGGCUGCAAUGAUGGAACCGUCAGUACCCAACUGGCUUUUGAUUUCGGCGCCCGUCAUGUCGUGGGUGUCGAUAUCGACCCGCACCUGGUCAUCAAAGCCGAGGAGCUGUUGGCCUUGCGUCGUUCACGUCUGCGCCCACAACCGAGUGCCAGCCACGACUGUGAGUCCCGAAUCGAUUAUUUCCCCAUGUCUGCUGUGCUUAGGUACGGUCACAAUCCAUCACCACCUGCGCCCUCUCUCUCGGCCUGGGCUUGCCCGACUUUCAUCGCCGCCGACUGGCUCAUCUCCACGGAACCGGUCCUGGCUGGCCCUUACGAUAUCAUCCUGGCUCUAAAUGUGAUCAAGUGGAUCCAUCUCGAGCACCUGGAUGACGGUCUGGUGGCGUUUUUUCGCAAAUGCCAGGCCUCGCUCGCACCCGGCGGCUGCUUGGUCAUCCAGUUGCAAACCUGGGAAUCAUACGAGAAAGCUGUUCGCCCAAACGCGGCUCCACAUUUUGCUGGAAAUCUGAAGAAGCUGCAAUAUCGCCCCGACACUUCUUUUGCCAAAUUGCUGCAAGAUGAAGGCCUGAGCCUCUUUACAUCGUCCAGUCAGCUGCGUCGCCACAUCAAUAUCUAUCGCAAAGCAUAG